GAGCGGAACUCUUGUCCGCGCCAAUGUUUUCCACAGCGACAGAUAUCUGAGUAACUCCUUCCGCUCCGGCUACAGCCUGUGCAUAGCCGCAAAGCUAACAACACUGAGUAACGUUACUGUUACAGGAAUCUGUCUUUCACUUUCCUCACAUUUGACUCCGGUUUUACUUUAGAGAGUUGAAGAUGACCGACCGUUACAACAUCCACAGUCAGCUGGAGCAUCUGCAGUCGAAGUACAUCGGCACAGGCCACGCAGACACCAGCAAAUGGGAAUGGCUGGUAAACCAGCACAGAGACUCCUACUGCUCCUACAUGGGCCAUUUCGACCUUCUCAAUUACUUCGCUGUCGCUGAGAACGAGAGCAAGGCUCGGGUCCGCUUUAACCUGAUGGAGAAGAUGCUGCAGCCGUGUGGUCCACCAGCCGACAAACCUGAAGAUGCUUAGUCCCUACAGCUGGAUGUUUUCUGUUCAUUCAGUGCUGGGAGAUCAAAUAUAGAGACCCUGGACACACGGGGGGUUAUGGGUGACCUUUGAAUCCUCUUGUUUGUGAACCAGUCAAUGUUCUCUCUUUUUUUAUGCCUCUUUUUUGUGAUAUUUUGUAUAGAUUGUUAAACUACAAUUGUGUUUGAAGAAAAUAAAAUUGAUACCCUCUUACAAAUGCA